AUGCGUGUGUGUUGACGUGCAUGGGCAGCAAAGAUGGCGGCCUGUGCGCUUCGCCGAGGCUUGCUGAGCAGCGUCAGUAAAUACAACAAGAAGCACACACACAGAAUACUGAGUAUCGCUGACAGCACCGGCGGCUUCGAGGCGUUCAGACCGCGGUUCCAGUGCCGAACCUGCGGACUGCCCGGCGCUGUUCAGCCCAGGAGGUUCAUGUCUUCACGGAACAGGCCUGAAGGGAAGAUUUUGGAGACUGUGGGAGUGUUUGAGGCUGUGAAGCAGCAUGGCAAAUACGAAACAGGACAGCUGUUUCUCCACAGUGUGUUUGGCUACAGAGGCAUUGUCUUGUUUCCUUGGCACGCCCGACUCUACGACCGAGACAUCACCCCUCCCAUGUCUGACAGCAAACCUGAGCCCCCAGGAGCCCACGGCUCCAAGGAGGUGAAGGGGAAAACUCACACCUACUACCAGGUCCUCAUCGACACCAGGGACUGCCCUCAUAUAUCUCAGCGCUCUCAGACAGAGGCAGUGACGUUUCUUGCCAACCAUGAUGACAGCAGAGCCCUGUACGCCAUUCCAGGUCUGGACUAUGUGAGCCAUGAAGACAUUCUGCCCUACAACUCUGCAGAGCAGAUCCCCAUUCAGCACGAACUCUUUGAGCGCUUCCUCAUGUACAACCCUGCAAAAUCUCCUCCGUUCACAGCCAGAGACACCCUGAAGGCAUGGCAGGAGAAGAACCACCCUUGGCUGGAGCUCUCGGACGUCCACAGAGAGACCACUGAGAACAUCCGAGUCACUGUCAUCCCCUUCUACAUGGGAAUGAGGGAGGCCCAGAACUCCCACGUUUAUUGGUGGCGCUACUGUAUCCGUCUGGAGAACAUGGGUAACGAGGUGGUUCAGCUGAGGGAGAGGCACUGGAGGAUCUUCAGUCUGUCAGGAACCCUGGAGACGGUCCGAGGACGAGGCGUUGUAGGCAGGGAGCCAGUGUUAUCUAAAGAGCAGCCAGCCUUCCAGUACAGCAGCCAUGUGUCUCUACAAGCCCCCAGUGGUCAUAUGUGGGGGACGUUUCGUAUUGAAAGGACUGAUGGAUCCCACUUUGACGUUCGCAUUCCUCCUUUCUCCCUGGAGAGCAACAAAGAUGACAAAGCGCCCCCUGCUGGCUACACAUUUUAAGUGUCGCCUCCCACCAGUGAGCCCCGGACAUGCUGUCAGUCCUGGUCGUGUCUGGGUUAUCUAGAACGGUCCUCUCUCUGUGACGUGGCCUCAGCAUAGACUAGUGUCAGGCAGGGGGAAAUUAUAGCGCUUUCUAGAUAAUCCAGAUGCAGGCCCACCUUACCGUUAUUUUUGUCAGCCAGCAGCAGCAUGUCAGUGAUUCAGUCGUAUUGGGAGAAAAUCAGUCUGUAGUCCUGUGUGUCUUCACUCCAUGCUGAGUUGAAGAGACAUGAGAACAGGGUGGUAGGAAGGAGAGUUAGUGCUGCUGAGCAGAGCUGGUCCUGACAUGCCAUGGCUGAAAUGUUGACUGGGUUGUUUUUAUAGAGGGAGUGUUUCCUGCUAAGAUCUGGGCUCACAAGAAAGAAAAGCUCCUUCAGCUGAUCUUUACACUGAGGCCUCAGGUGAAUGUCAAAGUCAACGAAUAAGCUAUGAGUAUACCUUCAGACUCCUCCCUCUGUUAUGAUGUUGCUGUUUGACAACAUGACUCUUAUCCUGAACCCUUUUCUCCUCUCAUGGCUCUUGAGCGUAAAACUAUCCAAUCACAGCUGAGUUAUGUAGGAUUUCAGGGAGAACCGUUGAGUUCUGGGCUGGUAGGAGAACAGAAGUGGUUCUGAUUUAUUGUGACACAACAAUGAAGCACAGUGGAUGUCACCAAUCAACAGAAAAUGACACGUUCAUGUCAAAGUCUUCAAGAAUUUUUAGUAAAAAUAUCUAAAUGUGUUCGUGUUUGUAUCUAGUAGGAGCAUCUUUGGCAGCAGUUACAGCUUUGGUUCUGUCAUUUAUUUCCCCAGUGUUUCAUGCAGUUCUGCUUCAGUCCUGUCAGGAUUAUAGCCCACAGAGAACAUUUAUUAUUUAAAGACUUCCAGGGCUUUCUGUAAAGAGGCUUUCCCACGGCAUGAUGCUGCCACCAACAGGCUUCAUGAUGUGUUCAUGUCCUGUAGGAUGGAUGGCAGAGAUGGAACAAAUCCAGCACUUACAUGUUUACUUGAAUGGCCAACUCAAGAUGGUUGUAUUAUUGGUCUUAAAGAUCCUGUGCGUGGACACUAUGGCACUGUAUUUACUAAAUAUGAUCACAUGUAGUUGAGUAUAUUAGAUACCUCUCCAAGAAAGCAGAGCUUUUAGGAAAAUCUGAGCUUCCCAGUUGUGUUUACUAUCUUUAUGCUGACAUGAACUGCUGAGAAGUUGGAAGUUAUUAGUGUUGUUAGUACUUAGCUAUCGGUCAUGGAAGUCUCCUUUAGUGUCCUCUGGCCUCUUGGCAGCCCCCCUCAUCAGUGUCCAUUGUUGUGCCAUAUCCUUUUAAUUGUUAUAAAACAGUAUCUUUUCCCCUUGUGGCACUUUUUUUUUUACCCUGACACGCAUUUUUGAUUAUGCCAAAAACAAAGAAUAGUCAUCAAACUUUCCAUAUUUAAACCUUGGGAUUCCUUGUCACACUCUGAGUCCACUGGGGAUUUGUGUUCAUAUGGAUCAGACUAAUAAAGUAGCUGCUGCAGUCCUAAUCUCUGUGGGAGAAUACUUACACCAUCCAUUAAUUAGUGUUCCAUAUAUUCACAGACUUGUGGAGAUCUCUUUAAAGAUUUCUCUAUGACGUUAAAGUUCUGUUGCUCGGUGCUUCAAUUUAUCAUCCACUGUGAUUCCAUGUUGUGAAAGCUCGAACUGAAAGAAGCAGAAGUCUUUGUGUAAGCAGUGAACUGUGUGUGUUGACAGCCAAAAGUAGAUCCUCCUCCAGCUGGAGGUGAGGGUCAGGUGUGAGUUGUCUUUGAAUAACAAAAGCAGCACACCUUCAAGUAAUUAAACCCAGUCGUUGGCAGCCAGCGUUGUGGCUAACAGGAGGACGGUGAAAUGUCUCUGCAGCCUGAGCUUUCUGUUAAAGCCAGAGUGAAGUCUUCAUCCUGUCCUCACACACUGGAUGUCUGUCAUCAACGCUGACUGUUUGACUUUGCAAAGAGGGUUAUGAGCCUAACACUUCUCCCAUAAAGUGAGGAAAGAAACUAACAUUUUUGUUUUCAUAAGGGGUUUGAAACAACUAUGAUGGUUGAAAUGCUACUGUAAAUAGAGAUGUAAUUAAAGGCAAAAUAAAUAAAUAUACCUUUUGAAAAAUA